AUGUGGUUGGCGGCGAAUGUGAGCAAAUUUUCCAAGCCGCUGUCGUCGUCUAUGCGCGAAUUGUUAGGGAUUUUCGGCAGAUGUGCAAGAAAGAGAAACAAAGGGCUUCAGAUGGCGGCCUCUGAGGAGUUUUGGACAGUCGGCGAGGCCUGUGGAAGAAAAGUCGAGGCGGCGGAUCGGCUGGUGGCUGAUGGGCUGUGCUGGAAUGUGCUAUGGCGCCGUCGCAAUCGGUGGUGUCACCAGGUUUCCGGCGAUUCUAGUUUAGUGAAUCUAGCAGUUUUUCACGACUCCAGGCGAUUUGUUUGCUUUUUCUAAAGAUCAUUCUGUGGAGGAAGCAAAUCUCCUAAUUACUCACGAAAAAGGCUGUUCAUACACACACACAAAAAAAAACCAAAAAACUGAAAAAAAAAAGAUUGAAAAGCUUUGCUAGCGAAGAACUUUAUUAUUCUCAAAACUUGAAAACGAACCAAGAAUUUACACUGGUUAAUGUUUUUCAACUUUACCUAUAUUUUUGGUAUCUUUGAGUUGAUUUCUGAUCACAAAACUAGCUUUAGGCUAACGGAAUCGGGUCUGAGCAUGGUGAACUGGGAUCUGUUCAAGACGAUGAAGCCGCCGUUCAGCAACAAGGAAUGGGAGGCCGAGUUCGAGAAGUACAAGCAAUAUCCAGAAUAUCAAUAGUGAAUUCUAUCAUAUUUUCUUUUUAAUUAUCAAUAAUUGAUGAACGAUCGCAGAAAUUUUUUUUGACGCUUUUGAGUCCUUCGGUUAGAAAAGGAGGCUGAAAAUUUUUAAUAUGUUUCAAUAAUUGGAAGUGUUUCGAAAAAUCAACCUUUUUUUCUUUUGAAAUUUAAUAAUGGAAGCUGAAAAAUGUGCAGAGAAGCUAGAAAACUUUUGGAGAAUAGGACUUUCAAGGCGCAGAAGUCUAGCAUUGUCUUAUAACACUGAACGGGCCUUUUUCAAAUCUUUUUGGAUCAAGUCUUUUCAUGCCCGAGUAAAGGUAUUGCGAACAGACUAUAAUUUAGCAUUCUCUUGAGAAAUUCGCCGAUCCAUUCUUUCAGCGGAUCAAUUUCUAGCCGCAUACGUUCAUUUCAAGUAUUUUUGAAUUUUUUUUCCGAAAACUGGAAGUUUUCAAUAUUCGUACAGAGAGUAACUUCUAGCAAAUCGCCGCACAAGGACAUGACGCUGAACGAGUUCAAGUUCAUCUGGUCGAUGGAGUACGGUCAUCGGAUGUGGGGAAGAGCCAUCGGCUUGGUUUUCUUGAUUCCGUGCGCCUACUUCUGGGCACGCGGCCGCUUCGACUCGGCCAUGAAGAAACGGAUGGCCGUCGCCACAGCGCUUCUCCUAACUCAGGUAUGUAGUAAGGUAGAAAGAACUUGCGUUGGUGAAGCUCAAAAAGGACUGUCUACAAUUUUGAACUCUUAGAAAUUUUCCUAAAAAUUGUUCGAGUUUUUUCGUAAUAUUGAGCCUACCUUUCCUCUAGAGAAUAACAAUCAGCCCCUGUGCGAUUCUCAAUGGUACGAUUGGAGAUUUUCUUGAAUUUCAGGGCGGAGUCGGUUGGUGGAUGGUAAAAUCCGGACUCGACCCCACAAACAACUCCUCGGACGUUCCACGGGUCUCUCAGUAUAGGUUUUUGAAUUUAGAAUCUUUUUUUUUUCAUCUCUCGCUUAUUUUCAGAUUGGCUACUCAUCUAACUUUGGCCUUUGGUCUAUAUGCGAUAUUUUUCUGGAAUGGUUUGAGCCAUUUGUUGAGACCUCACGAUGUGAGUUGUCCUUGAUGAGAAAGCUACUUCAUUAUCCCUCUUUUCAGCUCUCAGCGGUCCGGACAAAGUUGGCUCCCCUUCGAGGGAUGACCCACGGCUCCAAGUUGUUGGUCUUUGUCACCGCUAUUAUGGGUGCGGACUCUCGUCUAUCUCAUCUCCGUUGUUUCUGUCUCAGGAGCUUUUGUGGCUGGUUUGGACGCUGGCCUUGUCUACAAUUCCUGGCCCAAGUUCGCCGACAAAUGGAUCCCGGAGAAUUUGAUGGCGAGGAGCCCGACCUGGAAGAACUUCUUCGAGAAUGAUGUCACUGUCCAGUUCAUUCAUAGGAACUUGGUGGGUCUCUCAAGCGUCAUUUAAAGAACAAGCUUUGUUUCCGUUGAACUAAAUUUCUAGAUGUGAUUGCACCUGGAGAAAUCAGGAGCAUAAAAAGUGACUGAAAUAAUAAAUAAUACUAUUUUUUGCUACGAAGAAAUCGAUUUAAAAUUUUUUAUCUAUUGUUUGAGUUCAGCUCUCCACAUCUUCAUUGGAGCUAUUUUAAAAUUUGAGCUUUCGUCAGUUUUGACACAGAUCUAGUGAAAUCUCUAGUUUUUUUUUUUGCGCGAUUUCCUUCUUCUCCGCGUUUCGCCUUUGAAAAAAGAGAUGAAAAAGAAGCUAGUCGCUUAUAAUUUAUGGCUGCCUAACGAUAGGAGUUCAUUUUGAGAAAUACGCAUCUAUUGAAAACGCCGAAAAAAAAGUUGAAUUUUCUUGCGAGUGUCUAGUCGAAUACUAUUUACUGCUUCUUCGACUUUUUUUUUUUCAAAAAGACGUACAGCAACGCAUAACGUACUUUUUCCGAAUAAAUGGCGCCUCUUGAAAGUGUGGCAGUGUUGUGUCUAUGGAUGGGGUCAGAAGUCCGAUUAUUAUUCUGAUAAGCUUUUCAGACUCCAAAAAAAUUAUUACAGCUGCGCAUUUACAAAAAAAGCUGAAAAAACUGAAAAUAGUCUGUUAGUCAGAUUUCCGCGUGACACCGACCUGAUCGGCUGAGUUUUGGUUUGUUUGGUUUGUCAUUUCUUUAAAAAAAAGGUGUAGUUAAAGUGAUGUGUCAGAGGAACUUCAAUUAAUAGACAAACCAGGAAACAAAACUCUGAUAUUGGAGAACGUCAACGAAAUCUUCGGAAAGUUUCUUCUCCUCUGGCGAGAUUUUCCUCCAAUAGCCACUUAUCGAUGAAGAAGACUGCUGAAGGAUGGCCGAUGUUGCAGGCGUACCUGACGGUGACGUCGGUGGUGGCGAGCUGGCUAGUCGGUCGAAGAGCGCCUUUGCCGAGAAGAACGCGGAUCGCGCUCAACCUGACCGUGGCGGCGGUCUUCUCCCAAGCAACGCUCGGCGUCCUGACGUUGGUGAGUUUUCGGCAGACGCCCUCUUCGCUUCACCAACGUCUUCUCUGCUUUCGCCUCUCCUGCCCUUCAAAAAAGCGAAGCGAACACAUCGUAUUAAGGUGAAUUACGUGCCGGUGUGGCUAGCGGCGUGCCACCAAUCAGGUUCGAUGGCGCUUCUUUCUUCCGUCCUUUGGCUAAGCCACGAACUUCGAAGGCUACCAAAAUAGUCAGGAAUACCGCUCUUUCUCACUCGUUUUUAGUUGUUUUCACUUGUUUUCGCUUGUUAUAAAUUGUUUAUAUUUCGAAUAGCCGCGCGUCUGUUUUCCAGUGCCGCUUUUAUCGACACCCACUUUCACGGCUUUUAUCGGAAUGACCUAUGUUGACCGAUAAGAACGGCGCUAGUUUCCCAUUACUUACCUCAUUAUUAUUAUUUUUCGAAAUCUCAGUCUUUGUGAUCCUUUUCAUCUCUGUAUUAUAUUUUUGAAAUCAGUCGACUAACGUGUCUCCUCGUUCUAUUGCUUCAUGAACAGGAGAUAAGUCGGUAUAUAUCUUGUGGAAAUUUGACUGGGUAACUGAGAAGAUUUUUUUGUAAAAUACGAGAAAACUCGAUUUAUAAAAAAGCUUCCUUUUUUGCUUAUGUCCGAGUUAUUCAAAGAUGGGGUUUAGUUGUGAGUUCUUUUUAAGCUGUAGAGCUCAUUUUUUGCUCGAACCAUCGUAUUAUCUUUCGAAACAACUUAGCUUGUCUUGUAGUAAUGGGAAGAUGCAGACGCGGUGGCUCAUCCCGUUUACGCUCUCGGUCCAUUUGGGGGUUGGAGGACCGGUCGACCAGAUACUGGAUGUUUGGCUUGGGCAUUGGCCAGUUGAAAUACUGGAUCCGCCGAGGCAUCUUCCUCUCUCUCUCUUCUUCUCGCCGCCUCUUCUUCUUUUUUUUUGGCUGCGUCAAAUGAAAUCUCUAGCGUGCUAGGGACUUCGCUUCAGAUGGACAAGGCUUGUUUUUGAAGGCGACGGUGUCUUCGUGUUUUGGGCGGUCAAACUAAACUUAAUAUUAUAGUUUGACCAAGAGGGAUCACAACCUUUCCAAGUUAAAGUUUUUAGUUUAGUGUUGGAGAAGAGUCUUUCAGAUCAAAUAGGAUUACAGAGAUGGUUCUUCAAAGUUUUCUUCCAACCUUGUCCUUUCAAAAAAUAAACUUUUUUUUUGUUUUCCGUUUUUUUCUCUCCGCAGUUGUCUCGAGUAUGUGUAGAAGACACUCUUUUCAAAAUAACAGAUAGUCAGGGACCAAUCAAGAGUGUGACGCUACUCAAGUGAUCACUAAAAAAAAUGCCGCGACAGAUUCGAUUCGCGUCCGUUCGGGUUACUGAGGUCUGAGAAUUGCCUUAUCAAAAGUACUUGUUGGCUCUUCAUAGACGCGCCUGGACGCAAAACUUUGGCGCCAAUUCUUACAGUCUCAAGAAAGAUCUUUAUCGUCUUUUUUUUUGACAUCCGUAAGGUCAAAGCUCGUUGAUUUAAAACGUGAUCUACGUUCACGUCUAAGGUUUUUAAGUCCCGAGCAAGAGAAUUUGUUUUUUUUCUCUCUGAAAAACUAUAAUUAUUUGAAUGAAGCUCGAGAAAGAGAUUUAAGUUGAUACAUAGCACUUAUUUCCAGACAAAAAAAAUAAAAAAAACUUGAAAGAGGUUUUUACUGGCAAGUCUACCAAAGAUGGACUCCAGGGCCGGCUGGCGCCAUCCGAAGUGAUCAGAGCAGGGCGUGCGAUCAAAAAUUGAAGGACAGCGGACGCCAGAUUUUGGCGCCAUUUUUCUCUCGACGCCAUUCGCCUCGUCUCCCGACGCAAUUGGCAACGUCGCGAGGAGAACAUCCACUGCACCCGACCACAACCUGUUCUUCUCGGCUUCUCGCGCCUUUUUCCGCCACCGGCUUAGCCGCCUGUUGCGUCUGUAUUCGUCAUGCCUCAGCUACAUAUCUCUUCUUCUCCGUUUUACCGUCUAAUCCGGAUCUCCACCCCCGCGUUUCUCGCUUUUUUUUUCCUCGUUUUUGCUUCAUAUAGCGAUAUUUUCAUUGGAAAGCUUAUUUUCGCGAACAUGAACUUCACCAAAGAGUUUUUUCCCCGGAAAAUUUGAUCUACUCGUUUUUUUUUUCAUCUUUCAAGAUUUUCUUGAAUAGUACCACUUUUCCUUUCAAGUUUCAAGCCGAAGAGAGUAUAUAUUCGAAAAAAAAAAGCAUUUGCCGAGUCCAGAGUCUCUUGCACUUUUUUGUGAAAAUCACCGUCUUUCCUUCAUAAAUUUUCACACUUAUAAUAUUUGGCCUCUCUAAUUUUACAAAUUUGCUCUGUUCAAACUUUACAAAAAUGAGUUUUUCCAUUGAAUUGAAGUAAUUGCAUCAUUUUAUCACAAUAAUUGCAAGACCCAGCAAAGUUUGCUUUCGUAAUGACCCUCCAAAUCUUGUGCGACGGCAGAGCAAAAAAUGUGCACCUUGACCUCCGCAUGUGACAGCUCAGCUGUUCGUCGGACUUUCAGGACUUCAGGGACUUUCUUAUAUCAAUCUUUGCUUCAGUCUGGACGGGAGGCAGUUUUCGAACCAUCCUGAUUUUAUUUCAGACUCAUCUCUUCACUCGAUCUCAAAAAAAAUCCACGACUACCUAUUUUUGAUCUUCUUUUUUUUUGACUAUUUUUUUUUACCGCUCAUGCGUUUUUAUUAUGUGUGGUGACAAUCCUUCUCUUAGAACUUUCUUUAAUUUAUUUUUAUCAUUUUUUAAUAAUCUACAUCUCAGGGGCGACGGAGCGUUAUUUGGCUGCUUUACCAUAUUUGAGGCGGAAGUUGCCCCGGACCAGUAGUUGAACUCGCAUCGAUGUUAUUCGCUGAAUCGGCUCUUUCAGGGUGAGUGAGGUCAUUGGUGAAAUUAGGGAGCUCUAGUUCUUUUUAAGGCGCUUUAAGCUCAUCCGAUUAGGUAUGUUGUGUUUUAAAAAAUUCUUGGUUUUCCCAAAGGAUCAUAUGAAUAAUGAGCUCAAGUGCCGUUUCUACCUGUUUGCAUUUAAAAAUAUUUUUCGAACUCAGAGACCUCAGCAAGAUUUUUUUUCUGUACAGGCAAGUUCUUUUCUACAUUCUCAAACAGCAAUCAGCAGUUCUCCUUGGUCACCUUUCGAAAGAUUUUUGCAGGCAACGUAUGCAGCAGGAGAAGCGGCCGACGUCGUCCAUGUCGACGGGCUCCACGGACAGCGGCGUCUUCUCCUCGGCCCUGGCCAACAGUCGACAGCCCAGUUUGCCGUCGUCGGCCACGCACACCGGUCCUCCGAGUCCUGCCGUGACGGUAACCACUUUUAAAAAAGUUGAUUUAAACUCAUGUCUCAUAACUUUCGGUUUUCUUCAGCAAUCAUUUUAUUUUAUAAAAAAAACUAUUUUUGCAAUGUGAAAAUCAGAAUGUUUACUUGCUCUCGGCGCACUUAGAAGUCGUUAAAAACUUCUUAAUUGCACUUUCAAGCAUGUUUCAAUGGUAGUGGUCUAAAAAAACCCGAUUUUUUUCGCACCAUUUUUCAAAACUUAUUUAUCUUGUCUCUCCAAUGAGAAAAAAAGUUGACUCUGAUAUCUGCGGAUCAUUCAGAUAAUGACAAAUUUUGAGAUGAACAUUUGAGUUUCAUUCAUCUAAUUAACCAGUUUAUCAAUUUUUCUAUAAUCAUUCCGUCUAAAAAAAUCUAACAAAUUUAAUGUGUUAUGCUGAACUUCUGCAUUUUUUUCGUAAAUGAAGGGCACUAAAUCAAGCAAAAAGAUUUUUGAAAAACCUUUCUUCGAUUGAGCAACCUUUUUAUUUUCUUUUUUCAACUAAAGAUAUUCCAGGCCAAUUUAAUGCAUGCAACGAAUCUGAUGGCGGUCAACGAGCAGCUACGAAAACAGCUGGAAGAGUGAGAAAAAGAGGAUUUUCUGAUGGAAAGCAAGUCUCAGGAGCCAAUCGCGUCAGCCGUUCGCCUUUUCCCCCUCUCAAGUCAAUAAAUUCUCCAGUUUCGAAAACGCGCCCUUUGAUACGCUACCACAAAAUCAACAAAUGUAAGAUUAUCUUCUGAUCAACGCUUUGCAGAGAAAAGUAAACAUAGCAAAUGGUUUUACUUUUUUCGAUGAGCUCAAUUUUAAAAGUUAUCAUUAUUCCUUUAGACUUAUCCAUAAAAAUGAAUACUUCAGCGGCCGACGGAACGCCGAGAGACGGAUACCCAAACCAGAGUCUUACAAAACAGUGAUUUGCCAGGCUUGGCUCGAGUCCAAGACUUGUUCUUUUGCCGAGAAUUGCCGCUUCGCCCACGGCGAGGAAGAACUGAGGCCGUCCAAGUUGAAUUCGUGUUUUAUCCUUCUCCACGAGAAUAUUUAGGAUACAGCCUAGACAAAACAACAAAUACAAGACGAAGCUUUGCGAUAAAUAUACGACAAACGGACUUUGUCCUUAUGGAAAACGAUGCUUGUUCAUACAUCCAGAAAACGGGCCCAACGCCUACAUUCGCUCAGACAAGUUGAUCGAGGUUUCUUUUUUCUCUGUGAUUCUGGAGGGCCUGGUUUUGAUUAUAUAUCUGAUUCUCGGCUGGCUUGAGCAAUCAAAAAUGGCCCUGACAGGAUAAUGCACAAGAUAAUGCCUGUCUUGUGAAGAGUGCAGACAGGCCACGCCCCCCUCAGAGUCCCAAGCUAGCCGUGAAUCAGCUAUAUAAAAACCGCCGAUUUUGAGAAAUUAUCAACAUUGCUGAUAAACUUUGCGUGCGGUUUUUUCUGUCGUACAAGAUGGAACGUAUCAAAAAAAUAUAUGUUCAUAUAUCAUGAAUGAAUGAAAUAGGAAAGCCAAAAGUUCGUCAUCUUUCUCUGUUCUCUUUUUUUAAUGGAUUAUGAGAAAAAUUUUGCCGUGUUCAAAUUGAUUCCGCGAAACGCAGAAUAGCCAUCAGAGAAAUAAAAAUGUAACUAAAUUUUGUAAGUCGAAAAUAAGGAAAUUACUUUGAACAGGGAUUAGCCAAGGGUUCAUUUCACACAAAGAUUGUAAAUCCUUCGAAAAUUUAAGAAAAAACAAUCCGCUGCAUCCAGACGAGCGAUUUCGAAGUUAUUCUUUUUUGAGGAUCAAAACUUCUACAGGAUGAGUAGAUUCUCAUGUAACACAUUGAAAAGUUCAAAGUUUCGAGUGCUUUGAGUUCUCUUGUAAAGCAUAGAAAGGAAAAGCGCAAUGAAAUAAGAAUUUUCAUUUGGCUUUUUUGGAAAGCAACUUCCAUUUUCAAAGAAUGAUGCAAGACAGACUUAGCUUGGACGUUCUUCAGGUGUCACAGCGACAUGCGCUUGCAGACCUCCGCGAACAGAUGAUACAGCAAGUGACGCAGAUACGUCCCAGCUCGCCCAUCGAGCCGUUGAUGCUCCAUCAGCAACCCGUGCCGAUCGGGCUGACGCCGAUGCGCGGCCGCGUCGCGAUUCCGACGCGGCCCCAUCCGAGUUGGCCUCUCGAGCCGGCGAAUUUCUUCACGGAGAGGACGAUCGGAAGCCGGCCGCCGAGUCCUCUCGAGCCAUUCCUUCGCCAUAAUCAACUUCUCGGUACACCAAAAGGUUGCUUUUCAAGCUUCAUUACAUUAAAAUGUGCAACAUUUUUAUGUUUUUCCAUCAAUUAAAUAAUAUAUGAGAACUUCGAUCUGUCCUUCUAUAUUAAAGAAUACUAAAACUGACCAAAUUUCAUCAAAGUUAAUCUACUUCCAAGCUAGAGUUCAUUGAGUAACGCUAGCUGGGAUUUAGAAGGCGCCGAUUCAUUAAUUUUCGAAGGAUUAAGUUUUCAAAUUUGAUAGCUUUUGAAGCGAUGGUGUGGACUAAUAUCUCACUCUCUGGAAAACCAUCGACAUAUAUUUUCGACAAAAAAAACAUUCAAAAGAAGAUUAUUAACGGUACUACACUAAACUUUCAAUUGCCCUCUACAGACAAAGCCUCAACUCCAAGCAUGGGCUCCGGCUACAUUUCUGGGGGCUCGACUCCGUUUGACGUGGACUCGCCAUUUGCGCACCAGUCUUCGCUGGCCAAUCACUCGCUUCGCGAACAUCCCAACGAAGACAGUUUCUCCCUCGCGCCAGGCUUCGAUCACUUGGCUGAAGACCUUGCCAGACAUCUCGAACUUUGGUAA